AUGGAAGAAGAAAAACUUAUUCGUAAGAAGAAAAAGGCUUUAAAUGGGAGCAAUAGACGAGUUUUAAUAGAAGCCUAUAAUGACUUGGCAACUUAUUAUUAUAAGCAAUCACGUUAUAGUGAUGCUUUGGACGAAUACAAAAAUGAAGCUGCUGUUUGCAAGGAACUUGGACUUCGCAUGGAAUGGGGAACUUGUAACAGAAUGAUUGGCGAAAUGUAUAUGCUUUUAGCUGAAUUCGAUAAGGCUCUUAAAUAUGAAGAACGUCAUUUAGCGGUAGCAAAAGAACUCAGUAAUUUAGUAGAAGAACAAAGAGCUAUGGCAACAUUAGGCAGGAUAUACUUAUUGCAAGGUCAAAGUUCUUCAGAAGAGAGAGAGACUAAGCCAUCAUUGACUGCUGCAGAAAAAGCAUUUAUGAAAAGCCUUGUACUUUGUGAAAAAUUAAAUGGUAAAAUUAAUAAAACAGAAUUAAUGGAUAUGCGAGCCCGUCUCUUACUUAAUAUAGGUGUAGUGCAAGAACACCUAGGAUUUCUAGAUAAAGCUAUAGAUUGCAUACAUAAGGCAAUAACUAUAUGUGCCAAUCAUGAUUUAUAUGAGGUUCUUCAUAAUUGCUAUAUUACAGAAGCUCUUUUGCAUUGUAAUAAAAGAAAAGACUUUGCAAAAGCUUUAAGUUGUUUAAAUAAAGCAUUAGAAGUUGCGAGUAGACUAGAAGAUAAGGUAUUAAAAUUGUGUGAGACUCUAUCGUCCAAAGCAGAUAUAUUAUGUAAAAUGUCUGACUAUCAAAGUGCCAAGCAAGUAUUACUGAAAGCUUGGAAAUUGAAAACACCUGAUGAAGUAGAGAGGGAGAAUAUAGAAUCAAACCUCAAAGUUGUUGCUGCAAUAUGUUAUACUGAGGACCUUCUCAUAUCAACGGACCCAUCAGAUCAUGCUACAUUCAAAAAGCUAUAUGAGAAAUUGGGAGAUGGAGCUUGUCAUUUAAAAAAUUACGCCGGAGCAGUCGAGUAUUACUUAAAAAUGCUCGAACAUGCAGAAUUAGCGGGUGAUUGCGGAAAGACCUUAAUACCUAUUUAUGUUAGUCUUUACCAAACAUACAAAGACAUGGGUUCAUAUAACGAAGCUUUAGAAUACUACUACAAAGAGUAUGAACUUAUACGGGAUGUUCCCAAAGAAGCAUACAAUACACUAUAUAAUAUAGCUGAAGUAUUAUUCCUUGCUAAGAAACCAUAUGAUCAAAUAGAAAAAGCCUGUCGUGAUGCAAGAAAUGCUGCAAAAGAAUGGAACAAGAAGAAAUAUGAAAUCCGAAUAUUAAAGAACCUUCUAAAAUACCAGGAGGAAUUAAAUGAGACUGAUAAAAUGGAGGACACAAAGUCUGAACUACAAACUUUGGGAUAUGAUGAUUUCGAUAAUCUAGAACAUUCUGAAGACGAACAAAGUUCAGCGGGAGGAGAUGAUGACACACGGAUUGGCGAUGAUAUAUGUCUUGAUGAUUUGACUGAUAUCUCUGAUACAAAUGAGGAAGAUAUAAGUGAGAAGCGUGAAACUAGAAGGCGCGGGAAGGGGUAUGCCAUUAAGAAAAAUAUGAAAGGAGAGACCCAAUUACAUGUGGCAUGCAUAUCGGGUAACAAAAUGCUAGUAGAACGUCUGAUAGCUAAAGGUCACCCACUAAACAUAAGGGACAAUGCCGGCUGGCUGCCGCUACACGAGGCCUGCAUACACGGACACGUUGAAAUUGUUAAUAUAUUGAUAAAUAGCGGUGCCAAUAUCAAUGAUAGAGGCGGAGUUAACUGUGAUGGUAUAACACCACUGUACGACGCGGCGAGCAACGGACAUUUAGAAGUAGUUAAUUUAUUGCUAGAAAAAGGCGCCAUACCUACACUGAAAACUGACUUCGGUGAAACUCCAUUACAAGUCCUACAAAAAUGGCGUACAAGCACCAUAUUGACUAAAGAUGAGGAAUCCCUAUACAAUAUAAUAUGCAAUAAAAUACACAAUAUGGCCGAUAGAAAUAACACAGAAUAUUUGAAUAGAUCAAAAUCAAAAACUCCAGUCAAAACAAUACAAGAUACAUCGCCUCCGAGUACUUCAAAAAUGAGCAAGCGUAUAAAAGAGCUGUAUUCGCCAGCUUUGAAACGACGAAACAUUAUAGACGACGAAAGCGAUGAAGAAUUCAAUCUAUCGCAAAAUGUUAGGAAUCAAACGGCAUUUCCGUCUGACUCUAAUUCGUCGGACGACGAAAGAGAAAGCAAUAGAGGGAAUAGUAAGAGAUUAGGGGUCACAGAAUACAAGAAUGCAAUGUCUGCAAUACGUAAUAGAAACACAGAAAUGCCGGAAAGUGAGAAGAAAAAGACAAAACCAAAACCAGCGUUGCUAGCUCCAGACGAAAUCGACGAUGAUUGGUUGGAUGAUGACUUGGGCAUUAUGAACAAAACAAAGAAAAGGAAAUUAAGUGAUCCAUUAACAGUAAUAGCUAAGAAAACAUCCAUAAACAGCUUGAGAGACAGCAUAGACAAUAUAAACAAAAUAAACCCCUUAACAGAUAAUAAUAGCAACAAAAAGAAAUCGCGAAAUAAUGUAAUCAGUGAAAAUAGCUCAGACUCAGACCAUUUUCAUAUCAACGAAAAUAUAAGACCUAAAAACGUUGAAGAUUUUAGAAAUAUAUCAAGGGAAUUUAAUGAUUCCAAAACAAAAGAUACAAGAGAUAAUAUGAGACGACGAUGGAAAAGACAAAGUACACUACUAAGGGCUGGGUUUCAAAGAAAAAAAUCUAUAGACAGUAACAGUGGUAGUGACACAGAAAUUAAUAGGGAAAAAAAUUUAAAGUUUUCUAGGAAAUCGUCAAUGGAGAGCGUAUUUUCUAAUUCAAAUGACAGCUUUAAUAUCGUUCAAAGUAUGAAUCCAAAUAUAGUUCAGCCAGUGAAUGUGAUACAACCGAUUAGUAUAGUACAGAAUAAAAAUGGUAGAGCAAUGCAAACUCAAAUAUUGCCACCGGCGGCUGUAAAAGUGAAAAUUGAAGAUAAAGUGUUAUUGAUUUCAUUGAAACUAGAAACGAUUAAUAAAUUGACAAUCAGCUGGCUGGUUGAAGAAGUGAAGUCGAGAUAUUAUAAGAUAACCGGUCUCCGUCCAGUGUUCAGUUUGAUGACAUCAGACGGAGCAAUCCUCUCCGAGGAAGACCCUUUAAGCCUGGUUCUGUCGUCCCCCGAACUGAACACUUGUGUCACCACCUUUAAGGCAUCUCCGGCAGAAGAAAGAUAUAUGGAGUGCUGCGAUGCUUUGGAUAUUUCACCAUCUGAAGAAGUGCAACAAGCAGUAGGGCGGUGUCAUACAACAAAACGACUAGCAUUAGGGUCUCAUACUUUAAGUUCCCUACAAAUAAGGCCUUUAUUUAGGGCCCUGACACAUCAAACUCACAUCACUGCCAUAAUGAUAUCUAAUAACAAUCUAAAUGACGAUGGAAUGAAAUAUCUAACAGAUUGCAUAUGUACAUUGAAACAAUUAACUGUACUGGAUUUGAGCAGAAAUAAUAUUACCAGUGAAGGGUUAAAAAUAUUUGUGAAUGCCUUCGAAAAGGCAACAAGACCGAUCUGUACUGCACUAGAAGAUAUAGAUUUAAGUGGGAAUAGCAUACAGGAUAAUGGUCUCAAAUGUAUACUAAAAUUGACCCAUUAUGUUAAAUUAAAGAGUUUGAAACUAAAUAAUUGCAACAUCACUGAAAAUGCAACUUUUGAAGCAAAUAAAAAUAAUGUUAAUUUUGAUAUGUUGGAGGUUCUGGAUGUUAGUAAUAAUGCGAUUAAACAAGUGUUGGUUGGUCGCUUGAUGGCAGUGUUAAAUGCUAAUGUUAUGACUGAACUAGAGUUAGAUAAUAUUAGUGUAGAAGGCACUGUGGUGGGAUGUAUCGCAAGUUUUAUGGACACUGCGAAAGAUUUGAAAUUGAGAAAGUUCAACUUAUCAAAUUGUAAACUUGUGGACGGCCAUUUUAUGAGAAUAUUUAGAUGCCUAGGUCGUGCCAAGCAUUUACAAUCAAUUACAUUGAAGGAUAACAACUUAACAUUCAUCGCUCUCAAGAAGUUGUUACAGCGGCAACCACCUAUACCUCAAAUCAACCUCGAAGGUUGUCAGGACAUAUUCAAAUAUUCACCAGAUUCUGACUUCAAAGUUUGGCUUCCAGCUGUCGACUUUGGAAGGUGCCUUCCAGAAAUUAAUGUUACACCAGUAUUUAAGACAGACGAAGAAAGAGAAAGUUUCAAGCUAUUUUCUAAAACAUGGCUAAGUUGCUUUAAAGAUAGAGGCAUGAUUGAACAUUGUGAUGGCGGCGUUACUAAAUUUACAGCUAGA